GCAAAAUUGAUUGACAAAUUAGUUCCAUGUUUCAUGAAAAAAAAACUUUUAUUGAGUAUCUCAUUAGCCUUUGUUUACUUGCGAUAAUUUACCGUACAUCCGAUUAUUUAAAUUUUUUCAAUAACGGAAAGACUAAAUCAAUUUCAGUUAUACCUAUAUAAAGAACAUCCCCAUAUAUGUUGUUUAAGUUAUUUUUUUACAAGUAGUAUUUUGUUUUUAAUUAUGAAACUUGUUUUGUUUACCUUAUCAUGCUAUCUUGUUUAUUUAGAGGCGUUGAAAUGCGAAAUUGGACAAAAAAAUGGUGACAAAAUCAAGCAAGCAUUAAGUAAGUGCGUAAAGAAUAAUGAAACAUUAGAAAGAAUAUGGGAAAUGAGUGCAGCGCCAACUAGUUUUGAAUCGUCGGAAUCGUCAGAGGAAGAGAAGAUUCAAUCAGUGUCCAAAAAUUCUAAAUCUGAUAAGUCUUCUAGAAACAAACGUUCUAGUAAAAAAGAUGUUUCUACUUCUACCGAAAAAGAUGAUGAUUCCACGUCUGAUAAAGAUAAUGCAAAUGCAACUGAAGACACAAGAUCCACUGGAACAGACACAUCUCAAAAUUGUAUAAUCCAUUGUGUUCUAAAUCAAAUGGAAUUGGCUGAUUUAAAUGGAUUACCAGAUCAUUCUAAACUGGUAGAAAGACUUCUUAAAGAUGUCAAUGGAAGGGAGCUUCGAAAUUUUUUACAAGACACAGUUGAUGAAUGUUAUCAAGAAGUAAACGAUGAAGACAACUUGGACAUCUGUUCCUAUUCGAACAAACUGGUGAAAUGCCUGGCUGACAAAGGGAGAUCGAAUUGCUCUGAUUGGCCUGCUGGAUCUCUACCAUUUUGAACAAGCUGGACUCUUUGUAUAUAUGACAUUUGUUAAUAUUGGCAUUGUUAUUAAUAAUUUUGACUCGUUGGAUUUGUUAUGAUUAUGAUAUUUAAUAUAUUUAUGCAAGCAUAUCGUU